AUGCUGGCAAACCAAAUCAACACAUUGCUUGAAAUCUGGGCUGCAUCGUUGCUUGAGUUAGGCAGCAACCCACUAUUUACCAACCACAUGGAUCUCUAUUAUGUAAUAGACAGCAUGUCUGUUGGUGCAGUCAAGUGGGAAAACUUCAAAAUCACUUACAAGUGCAAGUGGGACAGACAGGAUGAACUGGAUGAGCAGGACAAAGUGAUUGAACUGGGUGGUCCAGGUGGUCAGGAUGGUCAAGAUGGCCAGGAUGAACCUGAGGCCCCUUGGAUGUUUGACAUCUAUGAUUACAAUGCCACAAGUGACCAGAGGCAUUGGGAGGAUUUUAUGUCAGGUGACUGGGCCUGGGACGAAGUGGCAGAGCAACAUUGGUUCCCAUCAUCUUUGGCAGUGACAAGACCACUGUUUUCUGUUGCAACUAGGCAAAUGGAUUACUACCCACUCUAUCUUUCCAUUGGAAAUGUGUGCAACACUGCUCGUCAUGCACACUGUGAUGCAGUAGUGCUCAUUGGAUUUCUUGCAAUGCCAAAGAUGACUAGGGAGCAUGCUAAUACACAAGUGUUCCAUAAAUUCAAGAAGCAGCUCUUUCAUUCAUUGCUGGCAAGUGUUCUUCAGUCACUUGUUUACAUAGCUGACUAUGAAGAGCAGGUCCUCUUGUUGUGUAUUGUGUGUGAAUGGUGUCUGAAAUGUCUCACACAUUGGGAGAAUCUUGACAAAGAUGCACUCUGGCAUCACCAUGAGCACACUGAAUUGAUCAUCAGGGAGUUGGGCCCUCUGACACUUUGGGAUGAAUAUGGCAUUGAUGGAGAUAUAGUGUGGGUUUCCAAUGCAGACAUCCAGAUUUUGCUGGACAUUCUCCAUCAACUCAUCAAGGGUGGAUUCAAAGAUCAUCUGGUUGACUGGGUGGAAAGGUAUCUCACCCAUACUCAUGGAAGGAGUGCCACAGAAAAAAUACUGGAUGAUAUUGAUCAAAGGAUUGCAGCUAUCGCCCUGUUCACUGGACUGCAAUGUUUCCCUCAAGGCCAACACUUUAAACAAUGGACUGGCGAUGACUCCAAAGGCCUCAUGAAGGUAUAUAUUGCAGCCAUUGAAGGCUAUGUCCUGCAGGAUGUUGUCUGCAUGUUUUGUGCCUUUCUCAAGUUUUGUUACCUUGAUGCACUUGCACACUUCCACUCGUAUCGUGAAGUCUUCCAGAAUGCUCAAGUAGUUGCUACAUUUUCAUUACCCUGGCAACAUGCUAUGAAGCAUUAUCCCUAUCUUAUAUGCCAGUUCAGCAUGCUGAAUGGGCUCUGUUCAUUGAUUACUGAGACCAAACAUAUCAAAGCAGUCAAGUGGCCUUAUUGGUGUACUAACUGCUUUCAGGCUCUCAGACUGAUGCUUGUGAUCAACCAGAGGCUUGACAAAUUUGCUGUGGCAUGUGCAGACUUUGAAAAGUGUGGCAUGUUGAGAGGGACUUGCCUGUCACAUGACUGCAAAGACAGUGCUGAUGAACCCACAGCAAGUUUCGAAGAAGACCCAGGUGAUAUGGAUGACUCUCCUAUGUCAGUUGAGGCCCAUGUAUUGUUGGCCCAUACCUACUCAACUGAACUUAACAUACCCCAGCUCCUCAGUAUCUUGUGCUGCUUCCUUCAAUCACAGCUUCAGCAAGACGACUGUGAUCUGGAAGAUGUCCCCUUGGACGAAUGUCCCUUUUAUGAUGGAUGUAUCCAUGUCUACAACUCUGCAUCCUUGACAUUCUAUGCAUCCAGUGACAUGAGUGGCCUCCACAGCAUGUGUUGCAAACACAUAUGUUGUUCCCCUAUGUGGAGGAAUGAAGGCCCCCAUUAUGACUGUGUUUUCAUUGUGACUAAUCCUCAUGUAGAGGGCAUGCUUGGGCUGGAUGUUGCUCGCAUCCUGUGUUUUUUUUUUUCUUUUAAGUACCCAGGCACAGAGCAUCCUUGUGCGAUCAUAUGUUGGUUUGACUGUAUAGGAGAUGGCCCAGAUACCUGCACAGGAAUGUGGAUAGGAUAG